AUGGGUACGAGAAUUAUUGGCAUCGGCCUCCCCGACGACUUCAAGACACAAGUCCUCCACGCCAACCACUUCAGGAAGGACUGGCAGCGCCGCGUCCGCACCUGGUUUGACCAGCCCGGACGCAAACUUCGCAGACGCACUGCCCGCAAGACCAAGGCUGCUACCCUUGGUGUUCGCCCCCUCACCCUCCUCCGCCCCGCCGUCCGCGCCCAGACCGUCCGCUACAACCGCAAAGUCCGUGAGGGCCGUGGAUUUACCCUUGCAGAGCUCAAGGAGGCUGGGAUCGGAAGGAAGGAGGCACGUGGUGUUGGAAUCGUCGUUGACCACAGGCGGAGGAACCUGAGCGAGGAGGGCAAGAAGGUCAAUGUUGAGCGGCUGCAGGCCUACAAGGCCCGCCUGAUUGUCUUCCCCCGCAAGGCUGGCAAGCCCAAGAAGGGAGACUCAUCAGCUGAGGACCUCAAGGCUGCUACCACCCGUGCCCCCAUCGCUCUCCCCCCAUCUGUCGCUCUCGAAGCCCCCCGCAAGAUUACCGCCGAGGAGAAGGAAUUCCAGGCCUUCAGGACUCUCCGUAUCGCUCGUGCCAACCAGCGACACGAGGGUGCCCGCAAGGCACGCGCUGCCAAGAAAGAUGAGGAGGAAGCUGCCAAGAAGAAGUAA